ACUCGGGAACUAACAUCAAGACACUCACACUUGAACUGGAUGAUUUUAAAAAUUCCUGGCGUCGUCGGCUGAAUAGUCUGCUUCAGAUUGCCAUGAGACCAGGGAUUGAAGAAAUAUCCCUUAGCUUCGGCUUCUUUGCGAAGGCAGCAUACACGUUUCCAUGCUGGCUUUUAUCUGAUAGGAUCAGGAAUUCAAUUCGGUGUCUUAAACUACACCAUUGUGUUUUCCGCCCCACAGUCAAACUUGGUCCUUUCAGAAGCCUGGCAAUGCUGCGUUUCUUUAAAGUGCGUAUUACAGGGUACAAGUUAGGGUGCCUUCUUACAAACAGUCCUGCUCUCGAGUGGUUGGAACUUAAUUCUUGUGACGAGUUAGAUAGCCUGAAGAUACCCUGCCAGCUUCAGCGGCUUAGCUACCUGAGUGUUUACUUUUGCCUGAGGCUGUACAUGAUAGAGAUCAAAGCUCCAAAACUUCGUGUUUUUGACUUGGAUGCAGAAAAGGUAAUAAAGCUCUCAUUUGGAGUAUCAGUGGAGCUGAAGCAGUUAUACAUAAGCAGUCCAGACCUUGUGAGUUGUGCCCAUUUGGAGUUCCUCUCCAAUGUGCCAGAUCUCGAAGGUCUCAAGCUAAAAUCGUGUUGCCAGGUGAUCAGUUCAGUGAUGCUACCCAUCAAGUUACUCCACCUCAAAGAAAUUAACCUUUCAUUGACCGAAGAGGGUGUCUCAGAAGACUAUGAUUAUUUUUCUCUGGCUUGUUUGCUUGAUUGCUGUCCUUCCUUGAGGAAAAUUUUCUUAAAUGUAUCUCAUACAUGCGUGGGACAUCAGACGUUCAUGGAAGAUCCCUCACACCCGAGACAGAUGCCAGGGCAGCAGCAUGGCAAUCUUAAAAGCGUGACAAUCUUUGGUUUCUGUUAUGCAAAGAGCUUAGUCGAGCUAACAUGCUAUAUCAUCGAGAACGCUGCUACGUCGUUGGAGAGCCUAACAUUGGACAUUCAUGGUACACGUGUUGUCUCGGUAUCUGGUGCCAUACUCAGGCCCAUGUACGAUGGUAAGUUGGUGGAGGCUCCUCGAACGCUCCUGGCCAUCAGAACAUACAUCCAGCGGAGAAUCCCCUCGACUGUGAAGCUGAAUGUCUUGGAGCCCUGCGGCACGUGCAGUAACUAGGUACUGUUGGACAUUAGGCGCCAACCUAUCGUCCUGGAGUAACUAGGUACUUUAAAUGCUCUAUGUUGUCGUUCAAAUUACCGGAAUUUGUCGGAUGUUUGAAGUUGUGUACUGGUACCAUUAAAAAUAAGUGUGGUUUUGAUUAUUAACUGAA